AUGGUGUUCCUCAGCUUUGUUUUCAUUUUCGCAUUUAUUCUGGUUUCUACCAUCACUCAAUAUGGUCGGUCCUCUCAACCUGGCGGUUUGCUCCGAUCGGGAAACCGAGAAUUUAUGUACGGAAACUUUAUGGCUGUUUUUCAAAAACAUCUCUCGACAUCAGUUAUCGCAUCUUUUCUCAUUAAGGACAAAUAUCUUUGCCCGUUCAAAUGCAUAGCUAAAAGUGAAUGUUUUUCCUAUAACCUGGCGGCAUAUCCAGAUAAUGGUUGGUACAUUUGUGAACUGCUGAACACGGACAUGUACAGAGCUAGAACGGAACUUAAGACGAAUGUUUCUUUUCACCAUUUUAGUCGACUGUCUCCCUGCUCAAGUGGGCCAUGUCAGAACAACGGAACUUGUGUACCACUGUAUCAAACAAAUGGCUAUAUUUGUCGCUGUACGAGAUCGUACAAAGGAAACCAUUGUGAAAACACAGUCGAUCACAACUGCAGUUGUUUAUCAGGGCCAGAGGGGAAACAAAUGUGCGAUAUAGGAUACUUACUCGUAUUUCCUGCGCCGCGUUCCAUUGAAAACUAUGCCAUGAAAUAUCCAGCCAUACCAUCGGACCUCAGCCAGUUAUCGCUGUGUUUUUUUGUAAAAGUUGUUACAGACCAAAAGCUGCAAUCUAUCUUCAGCUAUGCCAAACUCGAUGACAAUGAUAUUUAUGCCGAAAGUUCUCCAACUGAGACAGCUUUCGCCAUCAAUGAAAAACAUGGCAGUUUCAAUGCUUCGGUCUAUGAUGGUGCCUGGCAUCAUUUGUGUUUCACUUGGGAAAAUACUUAUGGUCAACUCAAACUGUAUGAAAACGGUCAAUUUGAAGGCCAGCAUAUGGGUUUUGAAGUGGGAUAUACAGUCCGAUCUGGAGGCCAUUUAGUGCUCGGGCAAGAUCAAGACACCCUAGGAGGAGGUUUUACACUGGAGGACACACUGAAUGCCCAACUGGCUGAGGUCAACAUGUGGGACCGGGUUCUGUCCGGAAAAGAAAUUGCUGCUCAGUACACAAACUGCAGGAUACCAAGUGGUUCCGUUGUCACCUGGUCCGAAUUUAAAACGCUAACCCAUGGCAGUGUGAUUGUCAAACACUGAAGAACCAUAACCUCUUGUUCGAUGAACGAAACACUCAAUCAAAAGUCUGACAUGCCUGGAGUAAUAUUCGUUUUCAUAGUGUCAUUGAGGUGCUGACUGGAUUCUAGGGUAUAUUUGCAUCAAACAUUCUCAGGUGUGCGCAUUAUUAAGUCUAAGUAUUCACUUUUGUUUUCGGAAGGUAUCGUUAUUUAGUUAUCUAUAUCUACUUAUUUAUUCACACAAGUUAAACUCAGAAACUUAAUGCUUGAGGUUUAGGCGCAAAUUUUGAAUCUCCUUACGGGUUUACUGAGUCAGCAGAAAAUCCCUUUGAGAUUAUUCUUAUCAUUGUACAGGUCAUAAAUUUCAAUUUUGUUGUAUUAUAUUUUCUCGCUCAAGAAAAUGACUAAAAUUUACCCAGAACUCCGUUUCCUGUAUCUCGCGUUUUGUUUGCACAUAACAAAUAAUUAGGCAUGUAUGGGUUGAUCACUUGCGCAAAAUUCGCAAUUAAUGAUUUGCUAUUUCUAGGUCUUCCUGAGAUUUCUUAAAUCACCAGUAAUUAAAUCACCAAAAAUUACGUAAGAGAGAGAUAACCUUUUAACGAUGAAGACCUCUACGGUUAUUGUAGUCCCUUAGGUUGAUCCUCUCUCAUUUCAUGAGAUUUCGUCGAUUUUAGAGUCAUUAGAUUUAGGGCUGAACCAUUAAACAGGUUAUAAAGUUAGUAUCUCGAGGUGCCCUAUGGACCCUCAACAGGUUGUGGGGUAGAUUCGUAUGCAAUUUUUUUUUGAAGCUAAAAAGUGUUCUGUUAUGCGUGAUUGUUGUUGUAAAUAUAAGCUUCCAGAGAUCUCCAGACUGCUUAGUUAUGCUGACAUGCGUACUAUGGAACUUUCUGGAACAUUUCAUCUGGUCACGCAGUUAUUACGUAAUUCUAUUAAAACAGUUCUUUUGUAAGCUUCUGGAAUAUUGCAGAACACUCUGUAGAUGUUUAUAAGGACUCAGUUAUUUAGUAGUUGUUAUUGUCGAGGGUGACCGACUGUUUAGAAAGCUACAUUGUGAGAGAGAGAGAGCUACAGUGGAAGAUUGCUAAUUCAAGAAACGUUGGAGGAAACUGUGAGUUUGGCUCAGUGGUGAGCUAAUAUAUAUACUGUAGUGGGCUUAAGUAAGUUUUACUGUCUUUAGGAGUCUCUCCUUAUUAAGAAUAUCACUCGUUGUUUAAUAAAGUAGUUGAG